GACCAAGCAAAUGGGCGUGCCUUCUUCCAAGUUGUGAUUGUUGCCCCCGUGGUGAACGUGGGCUGGAAGGUUAGCUGUGCCUGUGAUUGGCUAGGAGCACCGCAGAGGGCGUGGCGCAUAGGGCUGUCAGUGUUACCGGGUUGUCAUUCGGAGCUUUCUAGGAUUGGUGAGAGAAGAACAGUCCCGGCAUGGAGUCCGCUCAGGGUUGUCAUUCCGUCCGGUUGUAUGUGUACGAUCUGUCCCGCGGCUUGGCUCGGCGCCUCAGUCCUGUUAUGCUCGGUAAGCAGCUAGAAGGAAUUUGGCAUACUUCUAUUAUUAUAUUUGAUGAAGAAUUUUUCUAUGGAGGAGGUGGCAUCACUAGCUGUCCACCGGGGGGAACACUGCUGGGUGAUCCAGACACUGUGGUGGAUCUGGGCAACACUGAGGUGACUGAAGAGAUCUUCCUGGAGUACCUGUCCUCACUGGGGGAGUCUGGUUUCAGUGGGGCUUCCUACAACUUGUUUGAUCACAACUGUAAUACCUUCUCAAAUGAAGUUGCUCAGUUUCUAACUGGGAGGAAAAUCCCCUCAUACAUAACAGAACUGCCGUCCGAGGUCCUGUCUACGCCCUUCGGACAAGCACUCCGCCCUUUCUUGGAUUCCAUUCAAAUUCAGCCACCUGGGGGUAACAAUUUUAACAGGCAAAGUGGUCCAAGUUAACGGAACAGCAUUGGCUUCAACGUGGGCAGUGCCCCACUUUUUAACUUAAAAUAUUUUUAUCACCUGUUUUAGACCCAUACAUGUUCUUUGUUUCAUUCCAUUUACAUUUUUAAUGCAAGGACUUGAAAUAGUACUGAGAAGGCUUGUGAUUUUUCUAUCAUAUCAUAAAAAGCAUUUUCCACUUUAACUGAAUAAAAAGGUCCCCUUCUUAAGACCCUUCGGUUGGGUAACUCAGAGGCAUGCACACCUGCUUUAAGUCACUAGCAAGACCUUGACAAUGCUGCUAUUGGGCAUGUCCAUGAGCCAUUGUAUCUGAAUGGACAAGUUGCUUUACCAGUUUUUACCUUUUUGUAUGAUCUCUAGGAUUGUAUGCCUUCAAAACCAAGGGGUGAGGGAGGUGCUUGAAGCAGUUAAAGUGGAUAACCUCUUUCAGAUUGUGUCGCUUUGCUAAAAAUCUAGAGUCCUUUGUUUUAUUUUCAUAUAUAACUGGCCAGACUCAAGAAUAAUAUGUGUUCUGAAUAGUAUGUCCUGUUUGUUACCUCUUCUGUAGUGUUACAAUUGUCAAUAUACCUUCACUAGAUUGUAAAAUGUUAGAGCAAACUACAAAUUUUCUUGUUCUUGUAAUGGUUAUAAACAUAAGAUGAGUAACUGGUUUAUAUCGGUUAUCUGACCUAGCUCAAAUAAGCAGUACAGCUGUAAAUAUUACAUGAGUAAUGUAAGAUUAAACUUAAUGCAGUGACAGUAUACCACAUGCAGUAUAAAGGUUGCCAUGGGCCGUGGUGUUCUUGAAAGCAUAGUGUUUUGAA